AUGACUGCGCAUCAUUCGUCAACUUCUGCUGCAGUCUCAAUAGCAUGUCUGGCUGUUGUCGGCGCCAUCUCAAUCCCAGCACUUCGUCAGGUCCUCCUGCGCAUUCGAGCGAAGAAAGACCAUUAUCAAGAGCUUUUGGGAUCUUAUGAGGAUAAAGACGGAAAGGCGACGGAGGAAUCUCAACGAGCAUAUUCCGACUUCGUCGUUCGAUUGAUACUAAUCAUAAUUUCUACCAUUGCUUUUCUCGAUGCUCUGGGUACCGCAGUACUGACAACUACUCGUCCGCAUCUAUCUCUUACCGUCGAACAAUGGCUUCAAUUUGCAACCUGGUUUCUGGUCUUGUUCCAAACUGUUGCCAUCUAUGUUACACCUUCCUCCAAGCACCGAUAUCGUCUUGGGAUCUUUACAAGCUUCUCCAGCCUGCUCAUUGCCAUCGCUGUAGCUGUGGAGAAUAUAUCCCUAUGGCAGUCGAAAGUCACUCCACUGCCGCGCAACGUCCACCUCACACUAUCACUUGUUCAAUUCAUCUGUGGAAUCCUCCUUCUCUUCGCAGGCCUGUCGAUUCCUCGGCGGCCUGAUGUCUAUUGGAAUGACAAGGUGGUCGACCGACAAAAUACAGUUGCCGCCCUAUCAAAGCUCACCUUCUCUUGGGCUUCAGCGAUCCUAUCGUUUGCGGCCAAGAACAAGGGCCUUGACUAUGAUGAUCUCUAUGAGAUCGACCACGACACCCGUUCUCGAGAAUUAAGAGCCCACUUCGAGGCCGUGGGCCGCAAAGACAAACUCUGGAAGACGCUCUUCUGGGCACACAAAUGGUCUUUCAUUCAGCAGUGGGUUAUACAAGCGACAUGUUCCAUCACGGAUUUUCUACCCCAACUUGCCCUCUACUUUAUCCUGCGUACACUUGAAGCCCGAGAUGAAGGUGAAGAUGUGGCGCUCACGUCAUGGCUAUUGGUGAUCGGCCUUGGUUUGUCCAUCACCUUUUCAUCCUGGCUCGAGGCUUGGAUGUUCUUUAUCACAUUCAUGAAGAUCGGCGUGCCAAUUUACGAACAACUGUCCGCUGUCGUGUUUGGAAAAGCUAUUCGACGAAAAGACGUCAAAGGCACAGGCAAGAAGCAGGAAGGAGAAGAGGCCAAAGGAAAUUUGAACGGUGACGUCGUAGUCAACACCGACGCCGGCCACAAGGGAGAAGAUCGAACUCCGGAAGAGGACGAAGAGGGAGACUUUCAGAAGUCGAAGCAAAGCACCAUCAACUUGGUCGGUGUCGACUCGAAGCGCAUCGCGGACUUUGCGACGUUCAACUACGUCUUUCUGGGAUCUGCCAUCAAAUUUAUAUUUGCCAUCGGCUUCUUGUCAAAAUUGAUAGGACCUAUUCCGUUACUCGCUGGACUGGCGGCUCCCGCAUUGAUCACCCCCAUCAACAUCAUGGCUGCCAAACGAUAUGCCACUGCCCAAGACGACCUGAUGAAAUAUCGCGAUCAGAAGAUGGCAGUAGUGACCGAAGCUCUGCAGGGCAUCCGUCAAAUCAAGUUCAGUGCCCUUGAAAGGGACUGGUACGCAAAGAUCCUUGAGACGCGGAGAAGGGAGCUGAAGACCCAAUGGCGAGUUUUUGUGUAUGACACUACACUGAUCAGUAUUUGGAUUUUCGGACCCGUCAUGCUGGCGGCUGUGUCCCUCACGACAUACGUGUUGAUCUACAAGCAAUUGACUGCGUCAGUGGCUUUUACGACCAUUUCCGUCUUUGAAGCUAUUGAAAUGACGUUGGCCGUUAUUCCAGAAAUGAUCACAGAUCUUCUCGAUGCCAUUGUGUCUGCAGGUCGGGUUCAGGAGUACCUCGACGCGCCCGAAAGAAUCGACGGCACCAAGCCUGGAGACACUGUGGUCUUCAAAGACGCUACAAUUUCUUGGCCAUCGGACAACCCAGACAACGAGGAAGGCCAGUUCGCUUUGCGCACCUUGAACCUCGUCUUCCCCAAGAACGAAUUGAGUGUCAUAUCGGGUCGCACAGGGUCUGGGAAGAGCUUGCUACUAGCCUCCAUUAUCGGUGAGGCAGAGGUUCUUGCGGGCGAAAUCUUCGUCCCCAAACCACCGCCCGCUGACCAGCGAUACGACUCGCUUGCAAACAGGAGUAACUGGGUAAUUGAAUCGUCUAUCGCCUAUGUCGCUCAAAUACCCUGGAUCGAGAACGCCACUAUCCGAGACAACAUCCUAUUUGGACUUCCUCUGGACAACGACCGAUACCAAAAGGUUUUGCAUGCCUGUGCUCUGACAAAGGACUUGGAAAUGCUGCCGGAUGGGGAACUUACUGACAUUGGUGCCAAUGGCAUCAAUCUGAGCGGCGGGCAGAAAUGGCGGGUCUCAUUUGCUCGCGCCCUGUACUCGAGAGCUGGUAUUAUGGUGCUGGAUGAUAUCUUUUCAGCAGUGGACGCCCAUGUUGGUCGACAUCUGUUCGAGCAAGCGCUCGUAGGAGAGCUGGGCCGGAAUAGAACGAGAAUACUGGUGACGCACCACGUCGCCCUGUGUCUCCCAAAAACAAACUACAGCGUCCUAUUGUCCAACGGCACCGUUGAACAAGCAGGCAGAACGGAGGAAUUGCGGCGUACUGGGAAACUCAAAACGAUCCUCGCCGAGGAAGGCGAAGCAGACCGAAAGAAGGACGAGGAAGAAGAUGCGGUCGAAAAUCUCACCGUUGACGACGGCGGCGGCCUCCAGAAGUUGUUGACCAACCACUCACGCCGUUCGAGACGCAAAUCUGCUCUUAGCGAUGUGGGCGACAAUCUGAUGCGGCGUCCAUCGCGCGCGAGUCUCAAUGACGCGAAGCAGAGCCGCGACCCGCCAAAGAAGUUUACAGAAGAAGAGAAGCGAGAGACCGGUGCUGUGAAGUACAGGAUCUACGCCGCCUAUUUCAAGGCUUCUGGCGGGUUUGGUUAUUGGUUGUUCAUCCUCGCCGUCUUUGGUAUUUGGGUAGCCGUCUACCUGGGCAGGUCGUACUGGAUUAGUGUGUGGACGAGAUCGUACCGCACGGAGACGGAGCAUAUCUUUCCCCAGAGGCUGGUUUCACAGUCUCUAAGUACCUUCUAUCACCACCUCCACUCGGAAUUCUCUACUGCGGCUAUUGAUGCGAACCUUCGAUAUUACUUGGGCGUCUACCUUGGUAUCUCCCUUGUCGCCUGGCUGAUUGGCACAAUUCGCUACUUUCUCGUCUUUAUAGCCUCAAUCCGCGCCUCCAAGAUCCUUUUUGAAGCACUCGCCUUCGCCGUUCUCCGCGCUCCUCUACGAUGGCUUGAUACCGUGCCAGUCGGACGUAUCCUCAACCGCUUCACUUCCGACUUCAACAUGCUCGAUUCGCGCAUAGCUAUGGAUUUGGCGUUUAUGCUCCACAACAUGAUGCACGUUUUGUCAGUCGUGAUUGCAGGACUAUUCGUGUCGCCGUUCAUGAUCGUCUUUGCCGUCGGACUGCUUUCGAUCUCCAUGUAUUACGCACUGCGUUAUCUCGCUGGUGCACGGGAGGUGAAGAGAUUGGAGAGCAAUGCCAAGUCUCCCGUCUUUGAGCAAUUUGGCUCGGUGCUCAUGGGCAUUGGAACAAUCCGUGCAUUUGACAAGUCUGACACAUACCUCGACAAGAUGUACACCAAAAUUGACCGACAUUGUCGCGCGUACUGGCAUCUGUGGCUGUUCAAUCGCUGGAUGGGGUGGCGGUUGAACAUGGUUGGUGCCUUAUUCGCAGCUAUCACGGCAGCCCUUAUUGUGUCCAUCACGAGCAUUGACUCCAGUCUUGCCGGAUUUGCCCUGAGUUUCGCACUCGGAAUGAGCGAAGGUGUGAUCUGGUUCCUGCGACAGUACUCGAACGUGGAGUUGGACAUGAACGCCACCGAGAGAAUUGUGGAGUAUAGCAACAUUACUACCGAGAGUCAAGGUGGCGUGGACGCACCAGCGGCGUGGCCCACCGAGGGCAAUCUCGAGGUCAGCGAUUUGGUAGUUGGCUACGCGCCUGACCUGCCACCAGUAUUGAAAGGGUUGACAUUUAGAGUGACCAAAAAUCAGCGAGUAGGCGUUGUCGGACGCACGGGCGCGGGAAAAUCUUCGCUCACACUUGCCUUGUUCCGAUUCCUCGAGGCCCGAAGCGGGAGCAUCUUCAUUGACGGAAUAGACAUCUCCAAGAUCAAGCUGUACGAUUUGCGUUCGAGGCUGGCGAUCAUUCCACAAGACCCAGUCCUCUUUUCGGGGACGGUCAGGAGCAACCUCGACCCGUUCGAGCAACAAACAGAUAAGGAGCUGAAAGAUGCCCUGGCGCGGGUGCAUUUGAUUUCGUCCACCACGGCUUCAUCAUCGGCUGUGGCUAGUGGAAGUGUUACACCCAUCUUAGAUCAGCACGACGCCGAGGAGGGAGGGCAAACCAACACCAAUAUCUUCCGCAGCCUCUCGUCUAAGAUCUCCGAAGGUGGCUUAAACCUCUCCCAGGGACAACGACAACUUCUCUGUCUCGCCCGGGCGAUCGUCUCUCGACCCAAAAUCAUGGUCUUGGACGAGGCAACGUCGGCGGUGGACAUGGAGACGGACGCCCUGAUCCAGCGCAGCAUCCGCGAGGAGUUUACGGACAGCACGUUGAUCGUGAUUGCGCACAGGCUGAGCACGAUUGCAGACUUUGACAAGAUCCUGGUCAUGGGAGAAGGAAAGGUGCUCGAGUUUGACGGUCCCCGGGAGUUGAUGGGCAAGAAAGGAGGCGUGUUUAGAGGCAUGGUCGAGAUGAGUGGUGAAAGGGCGGAGCUAGAGAGGAUCAUGGGGAUUGGUGGUGGCGGCGCGAAAGGGCAAGAUCUGCAACCCGAGCCAGAGCAGGAGCAAGAAGAUCAUCGAGCAGUCACAGGAGGAGGAAAUCCUGCUCCCCAUUCUAGCGACACCACCACCACCACCACCACCACCACCACCAACAAGCCAAGCACCAGCGGUACGAAGAAGAACGACCAGGAGGACGACGACAACCCAGAGCAUGGAUGGGGAAUUUAA